AAACGUACCACCCAUUGCUUCACUCUGUAUAUGUCUGUUCACCGCGCGUCAUGUCGAGCACCGUCAAGAGCCUUAAAGUUACAUAUAACCCUAAUAAUGAGCAAAACACUUUUACCAGUGGUGACUGGGUCUCUGGUCAGGUCGCUCUGGAAGUGGCCAAAGACUGCCAAAUAGAAUCCCUGUCAAUUAAAUUCAAGGGGAAAGCCGAGGUUUUGUGGACCGAGAGGCACGGCCAAACUACUGUUGUUUACCACUCCAAGGACAAGUACUUCAGCCUCAAACAUUACUUCAUCCGAGACAAAGACACGGGAAAUGACGACCAACCACUACUGAUAAACCAGAAUGGAGAGACUUACAGCAGUGUUGUCGCCCCAGGAUGCCACGUCUACCCAUUCACCUUUCAGAUUCCUCACCAGAAUUUGCCGUCCUCCUUCAAAGGUUCCGUUGGUAAAAUUGUGUACUUGUUGGAAGCCAAGCUGAGCAGAUCAAUGAGGAUUAGCAAGAAAGAUUCGACUAAGAUCACCUUUGUGUCAAACGAAGUCCACAGUUCUGAGAUAAGGACACCACAGCACGAGUCUAAGGAUAAGAAAAUGAAACUUUUCACCUCAGGAACAGUAGCCAUGGAUGUAGAUCUUGAAAAAACUGGUUUCUUCCAAGGAGAAGGAUUAAAGGUUGUGGCCCACAUUCAGAACAACUCCUCUCGUGAAAUCAAGCCCAAGUACUGUGUCUACAGAAAACACAGCUUCUUCGCAAACGGGAAGAGAAAACUCGAUACUAAAGACCUUUUAAAAGAGGUGGGAGAGCCCAUCCCUCCUUCUUCUAGUGAAAAGGUUGUACAGAUCCUCAACAUCCCACACGACAUGGAGCCCUCCAUCCUGAACUGCAACAACAUCAAAGCAGAGCACAGACUCAGGGUCUACCUCGAUGUCAAAUAUGCCUCCGACCCAGAGAUCAAAUUUCCCAUAAUCAUUCUGCGGGCUCUUCAGGGCUCUGCUGUGGCACCACCCCCUACUGCUGCUGGCUUUGGAUUUGAACCAUUCGGGAACCCAAAUCCACCAGCCUGGGGCUUUGCACCACCACCACCACUACAACCAGCAGCAGCAGCAUCCCAGCCUUUUGAUCCUCCUCCUCCCUACGGAGCACAUGGGAUGUACCCUCCCUUGAUGAAUUUUGGUAACAAGUAUUAGUGACAGGGCUGUAAAGAUACGUCGACAUUUCAAGGAAAUAGAAAGGAAAAUUACAGUUACUGCGCUGAUGUUGUGUUAUGUUAUGAUGUUCAGUACCUAUUAAAUGUUAAACCAUACACAUAUUGUAGAAGAACAAAGUGUGCUCUGCAGUGAAACCAGCUACCAUUACUAUGAAACAGUGGCUUUCUUUUUUCUUUUUCUUUUUUUUUUGUUUACAUAUUUGUACGUUUUUGGUUAUAGCUACAAUAUAGUUACUGUUAUAUGAUUCAAAUAUAAUAAUAUUUGUCAUUAUCUGUGAUAGAUGGUGUUUGUUUUUUAAAAGUGAAUCUGUUCCAAUUUAUCAUUAAGACACAGUGUUAAUGCUGGUACCUGGUUUUAAUGUUGUGGCUGAUCAGUGUACAUUGGAGUGGAUUGUGCUGUAGUAAUAUGUGAAAUGUUUUUUAUCGCUUCAAAAAUAACGACGAACAAAUCAAAGCAGAGAAAUGGUUCUCUCAGGAUUUCAGAUACCUCAAGUUUUAUCCCUUUUAAGCUGAAUGAUUUUGCCCUGUCUGUGCCUCUGUCAGGCUUACUGUAAGUCAUGGAGAGAAGUGACCACUUAAAAAUCAGUGUCAUAUUCUAGCUAAAUUGUUGCUCCUCCAUUGAGUAGCCUGGUUUUCUCAUUACAGACUUGUAUGCUUAAUCUUUGUAUUUCCACAGAAGCAAUUCUGUAGACUGAAUGUGUUGUUUGUUCAUUACAUUUCUCUGACCUUUUUUCACCGAACUGUUACCAUAAAAAUGUCUAUAUAUAUGUAUAAAGAAUAAAAUAAAAUGAUAAUAACCUAUAA